CUCCUACUACUACUAGUGACUAGAAUGAAUGUUGCAGAGCUAUAUGUUAGAGAGAGAAAGAGAAGGGUAUUCUAUUCUCCUUGUAUUUGAAGCCUGCUGCAUCUUCUCCAUCACACUCUAUACAAAAAUAUCUUCACCUGUUCCUCAAAAUCUGUUUGUUUUCUCUGCUUCUUCCAACCAUCUUCCUCCAUCAAUCCAAAGAAAUCCCAGAGCUAACAAGUGAAGUUCCAAGAUCAAAUCAUCAAAGCAUGUAACAUCUUUCUGUCUCUCUAAGCUUCUAUAUCUUGAAACAACUUUGUUAAAUUGAUCCUAUACAAUAGAAAACUGCUAUCACUUUAUGUGGAUUUUGGUCUGGUCAGCUGGUCUGUUAGAACUUAGAAUCCAUUUCAGGGUCUGAAUAUAUAUCCUAACUUUUUGUCUUAUUUCCACUUUUUGCUUAGUUUUAUUGUAUUGUAGCUCUACCCUUUACAUCUUCCCAAAAUCACACAUACCCUCAAGUUCAUUUCCUUGAAAGAUUCAAACUUUGUUGUUAGAACCUUUUACUUUACCCCAAAAUCACACAUACCCACAAGUUAAAUUCCUAUAAAGAUUCAAACUUUGCUGUCAAAUUGAUCAAAGGAAGAUUGAAGAAUGCAAGGCCCAACAGCAUUUCAACCAAUCCAACCCCAAUUUCCUGAACAAGAACAGCUUAAUUGCCCACGUUGUGAUUCUCCAAACACCAAAUUCUGCUACUACAACAACUACAACCUCUCACAGCCGCGCCAUUUCUGCAAGAAUUGCAAAAGGUACUGGACUAAAGGUGGUUCUCUCAGAAACAUCCCUGUUGGCGGUGGAAGCAGGAAGAACACAAAAAGAUCAUCAACCAAAUCCAAAACCUCUGCAUCAGCAUCAGCAUCACCUUCUCCAUCGCCAACAGUUUCCUCUACCUCCUCUGCAGCUCAAGCUACAGCUUCAGAGCCUGACCCGACCCGGAUUUGCACCAACCCGGUUAACAUUGGUGGGGGUUUCAGUUCCCCUCUUGCAUCAAAUGAGCAUUUGGGGAACCUUUCAUGGGGUGUGAAUUCUAGUGGGUUGAAUCUGAAAAUGGGGCAGGUGGAAGGAGUAGGGGAGAAUGCAAGUUCUGGUCAGCUGGUGAAUCCGGGUUCGGGUCGGAGUCCCGGGUUGGAGAUGCAGAGUAAUAGGAAUGCAGAGAGUUUUGUGAGUGUGCAAAAUGGUGAUUCAAGCUGCUGGAAUGGUAAUAAUGGGUGGUCUAACCUUACAAUAUACACUCCUGGGUCAAGCUUUCAGUAGAAGCGAAGACAGGAACUUACUAAAAAUUUGAUCUAUUUUGGCUGAAUCUAUAAGCAUGUUUGGUUCUGCGGUUCGAAGCCUCAUAAUCACUUAUGUGGAGAAGCUAUGAAAUGUAGCUUCGCCGUACUUUGGAUUAUGUGCUCAUGGUGAAUCCAAACACUGCUAUGAGAUUUUCAAUUAUGUUGAUUAGUCUAAUAUAUAUGAUUAAACAUUAAUGUUGUGGAAAGAGUUAUAUAACUAUAGCUCAAACAUAUUGAUACCAUGCUAUGGAGGAUCACAAACCAGAAGGCCACUAUAUUAGCUUCAUUUAGGUAAAGUCUCUAUUUUGUUUCAUUUUCAUAUAUGUUUGUGGUUGGUGUUCUUCACUUUUAUUUAUCAAUGGUGGAAAAGAAAAGAAAAGGAAGAAGAAGAAUUUUACUUCUUAGGGCAGUGUGUGGUGAGAUAUGAAUGUUGUUUGUAGUGACUGUCCUUACCAUGCAGAGAUAUGAAUGUCGACUUGGUGAUUCUAAUUUAAUCUAUGUGUAUGUGUGUAUUUCACA